GCAUCAAUAACUUAUCCAUUACGGACUCUUUAAAUGAAGAACCGGUCAACCUAAGUCACGUUUGCUUCCAUAUAAAUACCUUCUCCCGAGAGAUCCAAUUCAUCAGAAGUCAUCCAUAGCUUCAAUCCCAACUAGCUUCAGUUCAGCUCAAGAACCAAUCCCUCAACUCACCAUGAAGGUCACCAUUGUCCUGCUCGUCCUGGCCGUCGUAGCCAUCACUGCCGUGAACUGUUACCCCAAAGAUUGCUGUGGACCGCACGAGGAGCGAGCCCCCUGCGGACCGGACUGCCCGAAGCCCUGCGAUGGCCACCGGGGCUGUAGCCGACCGUGCAAGUGCGUCUGCAUCAAGGGUUACCACCGGAACCACGAGGGACACUGCGUGCCGGACUGUGAUCGGUGCGGCGGAUACCCCAAGGGACCGUACCCGUACCCGUCCAAGGAUGAGUCUCACUCGUCGUCGUCGUCGAGCGAGGAGAGCAAGGAGCAUUAGAAGCGG